AUGAAGUUCUUCGAGAAGAAGGCUGGCCUCCUGCCAUUUGGCACAUUCUUGCUCGCAUCACUGCCAGUUGUCGUCGCCGACUGCGCUCUUCCAUCGACUUAUAGCUGGACAUCAACUAACGCUCUCGCGAGUCCGAAGUCCGGAUGGACGGCCCUCAAAGACUUCACCAAUGUGGUCUACAACAAUCAACAUAUCGUCUAUGCAUCAACCACAGACACCAGCGGGAACUAUGGCUCGAUGAACUUCGGCACCUUCUCGGAUUGGUCCGGUAUGGCAUCUGCGAGCCAAAACACAAUGAGCUUCUCGGCCGUUGCGCCCACUUUGUUCUAUUUCCAGCCAAAGAGCGUCUGGGUCCUUGCCUAUCAAUGGGGCUCGAGCACUUUUACCUACCGCACUUCCAGUGACCCUACCAAUGCCAAUGGAUGGUCAUCGGAGAAAGCUCUCUUUUCCGGAACAAUCACCGGCUCGAGCACUGGUGCUAUUGAUCAGACUCUCAUCGGUGACGCAUCGAAUAUGUACCUUUUCUUUGCCGGAGACAAUGGCAAGAUCUACCGCUCCAGCAUGUCUAUCAACAAUUUCCCCUGGAAACUUCGGAACAGCGUCAGAGUCCAAGUGUACACUGUUAAAGGCCAAAACAAGUACCUGAUGAUCGUCGAGGCAAUCGGAUCACAGGGACGUUACUUCCGUUCCUUCACUGCUACCAGCCUCGGCGGUUCCUGGACACCGCAGGCAACAAGCGAGAGCCAGCCCUUUGCUGGCAAAGCCAACAGCGGUGCUACCUGGACUAAUGACAUCAGUCAUGGUGAUCUGGUUCGCACUAACCCUGACCAGACAAUGACCAUUGAUCCGUGCAACCUGCAAUUCCUCUAUCAGGGACGGAACCCGAGCUCUUCUGGCAACUACAAUACUCUGCCAUGGCGGCCGGCUGUGCUCACUCUGAAGAACUAG